AACCGCUCUACGGUUCCGAGCUUCCAAACGAAACUUAUAUAACUUACGCGAGUGUUUAAUUAAUAAUGUUACUAUAAAAAUGUUUAGUAUAUAUGUCUUAAGGAUUGGUCUUUUGAUGGUUUCAUAAAAUUAACGUGCAGCAGGAGACGAGUUACCUAUGUCUCCCUGCGGCGUGUGUAUCCUCAUGACAAUAUUAAGCAGUGCAUGGUCAGAAAGCACAAGCGAGGCGCGUCUUGGACCAAUUUUUACCACAGAACCCCCGAGCGUAGUGCGAUACGCACGCGCGUCUGGAGCGCGGGUAGCGUGUAGUGCAGUCGCAGCUGGUCCAGCACCCACCAUCACAUGGCUUGCUGAUGAUGGGUCAGCCCUUUCAGAUUUACCAGGUGUUAGACGGAUAUACGCGAAUGGAACGCUCGAAUUGGUCCCAUCUAGCGGGACUACAAGCGAUGUUCCGACCACUGUCCGAUGCCGUGCUGCCAACGCCCAUGGAACGCUACUUUCUAGGGACGUGCAUCUAAUGUCAGUAACAGAUGGCGCAUGGGAAGUGACCGUAGAUACAGGGAGUACGAGCGUGGGUGGUGUGGCAGCACUGCGAUGCCGUGUCUCCGGUGCACCAGCGCGAGUGGCGCUCUGGUACCGCGCUGACACACUGUUGGCAGUCGAUUCGCCGUCACCCGAUUCUCGAUACCUGUUAGCUGGUGAUACUCUGUUGAUUCGUGAUGUGUCAGCGGCGGAUGCGGGCGCAUACAGCUGUGUCGCGCGACAUGAACUUACCGCUCUCACCCGUCGCUCACGACCCACGCCUCUUGAAGUCAUGCCAAGUUCUGCAGUUGCGGGUAGUGCGCCCCGUGUUACAGCAGCGAGUGACCUUUCUGUCCCGCCCGGUGCGCCUUUUUGUCUUCCUUGCGCUGCCUCUCAGUACCCACCACCACAUUAUACAUGGUACCGUGAGAGCGAAGGGCGGUUACAGCCAGUGGAAGGCGGUGAUGCGUGGAGAUGGGCGGAUGGUGCAGCGUUGUGCGUGAAACGUGCCACCCGCAACCACGCUGGAGUGUGGCUCUGCAAAGCAUAUAAUGUAUUUGGUGAUGCCACAGCACAGACCCGCCUCGAUGUCCACCACGAUCUUACUGUGGAUCUUCAGCCACAAGUGUUGGUAGCAGAAGCCGGUGGGGCAGCACGGUUGCGGUGUACAUCUAGUGCAACCGGUGUACCGCUGCAAUGGCUACAUGAUGGAGCUGCACUAGUAACGCGUGGGCCCGAUUUAGAGCUGCGAGGUCUGACAAGAGGACAUCGAGGAACCUACCAAUGUGUGGCUCGGGAUGGACUACGUAGCGCGCAGGCUGCGGCGGAAAUACGUCUUGGAGAGUCACCACCAGAGCUCCAGUACACCUUCAUUGAGCAGGCAUUACGCGGUGGUGCUGCGGUCACGCUCCGCUGCGCUGCCGCUGCUUCUCCGUCACCACGACUGCACUGGCUGCUUGAUGACCAACCAUUAGACCGCUAUCUGGCACGACAUAGGUACUCGGUACGCGAGGAGACAUCUAUAUCUGGUGAAACAGUAUCAGUCUUAAACAUAUCAUCAGCACAACCAACAGACGGCGGGCGAUACUCUUGCCGCGCUUCCAACCCUCUAGGCUCUGUCUCUCACAGUGCCAGGCUGAAUAUAUACGAACAGAAGGUUUGA